ACAUUCUUAUUUUUGUGUAAACCUCAUAGUACCAUCACGUAAGUAAUUUCUUUGCUCGUCUUCUCUUCGCCCUUUGUAUUUUCUCUCUCCGCUUCUCUCAACUUCUCACCUAAGUAUUUCUGUCAAAUUCCAUUCCCUUUUCCUUUGAUUCGCACUCAGUUGUUAAACUCCAAUUUCAACUUCGUUCGUUCGUUAUGCAUAAACUUUGAGAAAAAUCCACAAAUUAUACAGAAAAUUCAAAAGGUUGUGUUGUAAAACUAAACUGAGUGUUUUUUUUACCAAUUGAGUUUUUGCUUCGUGGGUGAUCUUAGCGUUUGUUAAGUGUUCUUUGGAACCCUUCCGGGGGUUAGAUCUAAUUCCCAAUUUUGCGGUUGUGUUUUGUUCUCCAAAUCAUUGGAGAAGCAAUAAAGAAAUGAAGAGAUUACGAGAUGAGAGCUUUGCUGGCUCUCAAUUCAAACGACCUUUUAGAGGAGGAGAAUCAUAUGGGCAACCUCAGAACAUUGGAGGGGGUGUGGGUGGAGGACAGAAGUUGACAACAGAUGAUGCCCUUCAAUAUCUUAAAGAAGUGAAGGAGAUGUUUCAGGAUCAAAGAGAUAAAUAUGACCAUUUCCUUGAGGUCAUGAAAGAUUUUAAGGCACAAAGAAUUGACACUGAGGGUGUCAUAGGUCGGGUAAAGGAAUUAUUCAAGGGGCACAACAAUCUUAUUUAUGGAUUUAAUACUUUCCUGCCGAAGGGGUAUGAGAUCACCCUGGAUGACGAGGAGCCUCCACCAAAAAAAGCUGUGGAGUUUGAUGAGGCUAUAAAUUUUGUGAACAAGAUAAAGAAGCGAUUCCAAAAUGACGAGCAAGUAUAUAAAUCUUUCCUUGACAUAUUGAAUAUGUACCGUAAGGAACAUAAAAACAUCAGUGAAGUAUAUGAUGAGGUUUCACAACUUUUUGAAGACCAGCCAGAUCUGUUAGAAGAGUUUACUAGGUUUUUACCAGAUAAUUCAUCAGCAGCAGCUGUUCCUCAGCAUGUUCGAAGUAGUUUACCUCGACAUGAUGAAAGAAGUUCUGCUGUGCCUUCAUCACGGCAAAUGCAUCUGGAUAAGCGAUUGCAUAGGGAUAAAGUUGGCACUUCCCAUGCCGAGCAUGAACUUAGUGUUGAUCGCCCAGAAUUGGAUGAAGAGAGAGUGGCAAUGAAACCACACAAGGAUCAGAGGAAGCGUGAUAAGGACAACCGUGAAAGGAGGAAUCAUGAUCUAGAUGACAGAGAACAGAAGCAUGAUAACAAUAGGGAUUUCAACAUGCAACGUUAUCCCGAUAAAAGAAAGCCUGUCCGAAAAGAUGAAGGUUAUGGAGCAAAUUCCCAUCUGGCAUCUUCAGAUGACAAAUCUGCUGCGAAAAGCAUGCCUAAUCAAGAAUUCAAUUAUUGUGAGAAGGUCAAGGAGAAACUGGCUACAGAUGAUUACCAGGCAUUCAUAAAAUGCUUGCAUAUAUAUUGCACAGAAAUAAUAACCAGAAGUGAAUUGCAAAGUUUGAUUGCUGAUCUACUGGGGAAGCACCAGGAUCUUAUGCUAGGGUUCACUGACUUUAUGGAGCGUUGUGAGAAUAUAGAAGGAUACCUUGUUGGUGCUAUAGGCAAAAAGCCUUUAUUGAAUGAUGGGCAUUUGCCUAGACAAGUUAGGGCGGAUGAGAAAGAUAAAGCACCCAAGCGUGAAAUAGAUCCAGCUAAAGAAAAACCAAAUAGGGAUUAUACUUCCAAGUCUAUCCAAGAACUUGAUCUUUCUAACUGUGAAAGCUGCACAGCUAGCUAUCGGCUUUUACCUGAUGAUUAUCCAAUACCUAAUGCAAGCCAGCGAUCGGAGAUCGGUGCACAAGUACUGAAUGAUUAUUGGGUCUCUGUGACCUCAGGAAGCGAGGACUACUCCUUUAAACACAUGCGCAGAAACCAAUAUGAGGAAAGCCUUUUUAGAUGUGAAGAUGACAGAUUUGAGUUGGACAUGUUGCUGGAGUCCGUGAGCUCAACUGCCAAACGUGUGGAAGAUCUACUGAACAAUGUUAAUAGUAAUAAUAUCAGUUCAGAUGCUCCUAUUCGUAUCGAGGACCACUUUACAGCUCUUAAUCUGAGGUGCAUAGAACGACUUUAUGGUGAUCAUGGUUUGGAUGUGGUGGAUAUAUUGCGUAAAAAUCAAGCUCUUGCUUUGCCUGUUAUAUUAACUCGACUUAAGCAGAAACAAGAAGAGUGGACAAAAUGCCGUACAGACUUUAACAAGGUCUGGUCUGAUAUCUAUGCCAGAAACCACUACAAGUCACUUGAUCAUAGAAGCUUCUAUUUCAAGCAGCAAGAUUCCAAGAACUUGAGUGCAAAAGCCUUGGUUGCAGAACUCAAAGAAAUUAAAGAGAAUAUGCAGAAUGAGGAUUACAUGCUUUUGGCAGUUGCUGCUGGAAACAAAAGACCGUUGGUCCCUCAUUUUGAUUUUGUGUAUUCUGAUAGAGACAUCCAUGAAGACUUGUACAAACUAAUAAAGUUUUCUUGUGAGGAAGUUUUGUCAACGAAAGAGCAGCUAAACAAAGUGAUGAGGCUUUGGACUAUCUUCUUGGAGCCAAUGCUGGGAGUUAUAUCUCGGAAUCAUGCUGCUGAAGGUAUUGAAGAUGCCAAAUCUCGGCAACAGCCCACAAGAAAUGGUGCUGUAUCAGAAAUGCUUCAGAGUCCUGCUGCUGAUGCUGCAACUGUGAACACUAGACAACCAAAACUAGCUGUCAAUGGAGAAGAAAACUCACUUGCUGAUGCCGCCAAAUGUUCCAGGGCUAAUGGUGACGCUACAGCGAGAGAGCUUAGUUUCUGUGAAUCAGAUGCAAUGGGUAAAGAAGGUUCGUCGUUUAAUGCCCAGCCAAAGACGUUAAAUGAUGUUAGUGCAGCUGAUAGAGUAUCAGAACGGCUACUCGGUUCCAGUGCAUCACCUCAAAGUGGUGUAGAAAGCCACCACGGUAGAAGCAAUACAGAACUAGCAUCAGGUUCUCAAUCAAUUAUAUUGAAGCCAGUCAAUGGUAAAGAGGAUGUGAAGUCUUUGAUUGAUGCUACCCAAGCACGACCAGUGGCUACUGAUGUUUCAGCUGCCAGUUUGGCUAAUGGAAACCAAGGCUCUAAAGUGAAUAAGCAUCUUGAAGAAUCUAUUGGGAACCCCAAAAUUGAAAAAGAAGAAGGGGAACUCUCGCCAAAUGGUGAUAUUGACGAAGACAACUCUGUUGCAUAUGGAGAUGCAGGUAUGCAGGCGGGGCCUAAGAUAAAACAUAGUGAUGAGUAUCGAGAUGACAAUGGUGAGGAUGCCAGGGUCGAAAAUGAUGCCGAUGCCGACGAUGAAGACAGUGAAAAUGCAUCUGAGGCUGGUGAUGAUAUGUCUGCCAGUGAAUCUGCUGGCGACGAGUGCUCUAGGGAAGAGCACGAAGAAGAGGAAGAUGUCGAACAUGAUGAGAUUGAAGGUAAGGCUGAGAGUGAAGGUGAAGCUGAUGUGCACUAUUCAGGUGGCGACGCAAGCCCAUUGCCAUUAUCUGAACGAUUCUUAUUGUCGGUUAAGCCUCUUGCGAAACAUGUGUCUUUGGUUUCUCGAGACAUCGGCAAGAAGCAUUCUAGAGUUUUUUACGGAAAUGAUAAUUUUUAUGUCCUACUUAAGCUGCACAGAAUAUUGUACGAAAGGUUACUUGCAGCUAAAACAAACUCUCAAACAAAAUGGAGAAACUUGAAAGAUUCAAGCUCUUCAGAUCCGUAUGCUAGUUUUAUGACUGCCCUUUACUAUUUGCUCGAUGGUUCAUCUGAUAAUUCAAAGUUUGAGGAUGAUUGCCGAGCUAUUCUUGGAAACCAAUCAUAUUUGCUAUUUACAUUGGACAAAUUAAUUUAUAAACUUGUAAAGCAGCUUCAAGCUGUUGCGACAGAUGAGAUGGACAAUAAGCUUCUCCAACUUUAUGAAUAUGAAAAAUCACGAAAACCUGGAAAAUUUGUUGAUUCUGUCUAUCAUGAAAAUGCACGUGUUUUACUGCACGAGGACAAUAUUUAUCGGUUUGAGUUUUCUUCUUCCCCAACUCGUUUAUCAAUUCAACUGAUGGACAAUGGAAAUGAGAAGCCUGAGAUGGUUGCAGUUUCUAUAGAACCUAAUUUUGCAGCUUAUCUGUACAAUGAUUUUCUAUCAAUUGUCCCCAACAGUAGAAAAGAAUCUCAAGGAAUUAUGCUGCAGAGGAACAAAAAGAAGUAUACUGGACUUGAUGAAUAUUUGGCCACAUCAAAAGCCAUGGAGGGCAUCCUAUUAUUUAACGGCUUGGAAUGCAAAAUUGCUUGCAGUUCAUCCAAGAUAUCCUAUGUUCUGGACACGGAAGAUUUCUUUUUACGAAAAAAGAGCAAGAGGGAAAAAUUGCAACCAGAUCAGUGUGAGAGACGAAACAAGGCAAGGGCAGACAAAUUCAACAGGUUUUUAUCUGUAGCUUGCCGGUGAAUAACUCAUACAGAUGCUUUAAAAUUCAGGUUCUAACAAUAUAAAGUGGAAUGUUAGUUAACCAAAGGUGGCCUCAAUAUGAUGAUUCUCCUCUUGAUAAUCUUAUCUUGCUUGGGGGAAGAAAAGCGCAACGAGGAGUCUGGGCUGCCCCUUCGCUUUUAGGGUUCUGCCAAGAUGUACAUAAAAACUUCUGGUGACAGAAUAUGUUCUUGUAUAAUACUUGUAUGAUUAUAUAUCUCUAUAAAUUGUAAUCCCCUUGAUUGUUCAUAGGUAUUGCAAUCUUCAGCUGUAGUGCCCCGCUAUUUCUGGUGGGUUCCUUGAAAUGGAACCUUUAGUUAACCCUUUGGGUAGUGACUAGUGAGUGAUAUAGAUGCAAGUGAAUAUACAGAAUAUGUAGAGACUAUUUUCUGGACAUUUUACACAGUUAUGAAUUUUAUGAUACCGGGUUUUAAUUCCUGGGAUUAUUUUGUUUUGAUUAA